AUGUCGUCAAAACGCUAUGCCUUCGUCCCGAUGGACGAUGAGCCUGCGCCUUCCUCCAGAGACGACAGAAGAGAGAGAAAAGACAGGAAGGACCGCAAACGCGACAGGUCGAGGUCUCGCGAUCGGUCGCCACGACGACACAAGAGUCGGAGACACGAUGGUGACGCAUCACCCCGACGCCGCUCCCGGUCACCGCGCAAUGACAGAGAUGGCCCUUCAAAGACACGCCAGAGCGAAUUAAAACGUGACGACUCCAAGAUGUCCGACUUGCGGCUCAAGUCGCGCCAGCAGUACCUCGCAAAGAGGGAAACCGAGAGGCUCGCCCUGUUGCGAAAACAAGUGGCAGAGGAAACUGCAGAGUUGAGGUCAGGGGUCCGUCUGUCCGAGCGGGAGAAGGCCGAGUUCGCAAAGAACCGCGAGAUUCUACGCUUAGCUGAGGAGCGCGCCCAUAUCGAUGACUACCAGGAUGGCUACCGGUUGCCGGAUCAGUACGGUGCCGACAGCAAGAAGAAGGAGGACACCCUCUACAAGCGCCACGUCGAGAAGGAUAUGUACGGCAACGAGAAACACGUCACCGAGUACGAGGAGUGGGAACGCGAACAGACGGUCAAAGCGAAGGCACAGAUACAAUCCCGUGAGCGUGAGGACGAAGGAGAGUACGACUUCUUGCUAGACGAGGACGCCAUCACCUUUGUUCGAGACGCAGCUAAGUAUGCUCAACCGAGUGAUGGGUUGACGCAGGAGCAGAGGGCUCUGAAGGACAAGAUCGACGCCGCGGAGAAGGCGCAUAAGACGAUACAGGAGGUUCGGAAGAGUCUGCCGGUCUAUGCGUACCGUGACGCAUUUUUGGACGCCAUUAAGGAAUACCAGGUCCUUAUUCUUGUCGGUGAGACAGGUUCGGGUAAGACGACGCAAAUACCACAGUAUCUACACGAGUCUGGCUUCACCAAGGACGGCAUGAAGGUUGCUUGCACACAGCCCCGUCGAGUCGCCGCCAUGAGCGUCGCUGCUCGUGUGGCCGACGAGGUUGGCGUCAAGGUUGGGCAUGAAGUCGGCUACUCGAUCCGGUUUGAGGACUGCACCAGUGACAAGACUGUCCUCAAGUACAUGACGGACGGUAUGCUCCUCAGGGAAAUGGUCACAUCGCCGACGCUCGAGGGCUACUCGGCCAUCAUGAUCGACGAAGCGCACGAGAGAACGGUGCACACGGAUAUUUUGCUAGCACUGAUCAAGGAUCUCACACGCGCCAGGCCAGAGCUGAAGCUGAUCAUUUCGUCCGCGACACUCAACGCCGAGAAGUUCAGCGCAUACUUUGACGACGCUCCCAUCUUCAAUGUCCCCGGCCGUGUACAUCCGGUAGAAACCUACUAUACGUCGGCGCCCGAGAGCAACUACCUAGAAGCGAGUCUGGUCACCGUCUUCCAGAUCCACGCAACACAACCCGAGGGCGGGAUCCUCGUUUUCUUGACCGGCCAAGAAGAGAUUGACCGAGCAUGCGAGCGGGUAGAGGAUAUCAAACGAAAACUUGGCAGUCGAGUACCCGAGAUCAUAGCUCUGCCUAUCUACGCAAACAUGCCUUCGGAACUGCAGGCCAAGAUCUUUGAGCCGACACCACCAAAAGCGAGAAAGGUUGUCUUCUCAACCAACAUCGCCGAGACAUCACUGACAAUCGACGGCAUCGUCUAUGUUAUCGACUGCGGCUACGCCAAGGAGAACACAUUCAGCCCGGUUGGCACAACAGGCCAGUCAACCCUGGCCGUAGUCCCCUGCUCCAGGGCGGCAGCAAACCAGCGAAUGGGUCGAGCCGGUCGUGUCCGGCCCGGCAAAUGCUUCCGUCUCUACACCAAAUUUGCCUACCUCUCCGAGAUGGACGAGUCCCCGACGCCCGAAAUCCAAAGAACCUCACUCUCUGCUGUAGUCCUCCAACUUAAAGCCCUCGGCAUAGACGACCUCCUGGGGUUUGACUUCCUCGACCCGCCGCCCACUGAGCUCCUUAUCAAAUCCCUCAACAUGCUCUACGCCCUCGGCGCCCUCAACAGCGCCGGCGCCCUUACCCGCGUCGGCCGACAGAUGGGCGAGUUCCCCGCGGAGCCCAUGCUCGCGAAAGCCCUCAUCGCCGCCACCCAGGAGGAGUGUGUUCAAGAAGUGCUAACCGUCGUCUCGAUGCUCGGCGAGGUAGCCACCCUCUUCUUCCGGCCCAAGGACAAGAAGGUGCACGCCGACAGCGCGCGGGCGCGGUUCACGGUCAAGGACGGCGGCGACCACCUGACGCUGCUCAACGUCUACAACCAGUGGGUCGAGGCCGACUACUCGCCGAUCUGGGCCAAGGAGAACUUCCUCACGCAGCGCUCGCUGACGCGCGCCCGCGACGUGCGCGACCAGCUUGAGAAGCUGUGCGACCGCGUGCUCGAGGGCGCCACCUCCACGUGCGGCGGCGUCCAGAACCCGCAGCCCGUGCUGCGCGCGCUGACCUCGGCCUUUUUCCUCAAUGCCGCGCGGCUGAACCGUGGCGGUGAUGGGUACCGCACCCUCAAGAAUAACAUGACCGUCUAUGUGCACCCGAGCAGUGUGGUCAAGGCGAUGGACCCGCCGCCCAAGGUGAUUAUUUACCACGAGCUGGUCGUCACGUCGAGGGAGUAUGUCAGAUCUGUCAUCCCCAUCGAGGCGAAGUGGUUGACCGAGUUUGGGGGGCAUUACUAUGACAAGAAGGAUGUGGACGUGUUGGAAGCGAAGAAGCUGCCUAAAGAAAGGAAGUACUAG